GUACAGAAGCGAUUUGAGGUUCUCAAGAAGCGUAAAGAUACUGGGGGUUUUACAGAACAAGAUUUUGAUGAAAGGAUCCUUAAACAACAACAAGAAGAGGAGGAAAUUAAGCGUUUACGUAGAGAGAAGAAGAAAGAGAAGAAGAAAGAGAAGGCAGCUGAGGAGGAACCCGAGAUCGAUCCUGAUGUUGCAGCUAUGAUGGGAUUUGGUGGUUUUCGUUCGUCCAAAAAAUGA